AUGAAAACUCCCGCCAUUUUCAUCCUUCUUUUCCCACUUUUUGCUCUCUCGGAGCUCCACGACUACGAGGAUCAACGUGCUCUCACGCCCGUCGAGUAUCGUGAUCAAUUCGAUUGGAUCGUCGACGAUUUGUCGGUGACCGAGGAGGAGACCAAUCGAAAAUUGAUCGUUUUGGCGACUCAUUUUCAUGAGGAGCACACCUUCCGCCGUGGUUUCCUAGCGAACAAAGCCGUCGAGAAUCAACUGUACAACUCGUUUCUAGAAGCAACUCAACGCAUCAAAACAGCCAAAUACAAGGCCCAAGAGAUCCUGGCGAAUCGAACUCAGUCGGCACAAGUACAGUAUGACGCCGCCGUUUAUUUGGAUAAGAAAUUCCCGUUGGAGAUGUCGGUUCUCUUGAAUAUUUGUAAGACAAUGGGAUAUAAGAAUACGAAAUCAGUGAUCGCGAGUUCGUUGAAAGACGCACCGAAGACGAAGAAAUUGGCGGAGGAUUUGGAGAAGUAUACUGUAGAAGCUCAUGAGCAAGGAUACUUGAUUGCUCAAAUGCUCAAUGAUCUUCCGUUUGUUAGUCGGAAGUCGCGGAUGGAAGAACGGAAGAAAUUGGUGGAACAAUUCCCGAAGGCGAUGAUUGUUUAUGAGUUUGUGAUGAAGUCGUUAACUACUAAGAUGACUUCUGUUCUCGAUGGGUGA